UAAAGAUGGGCAUAUGUGCACAAAGUCAAAGGAAAAUGAGUAGAUAGGAUCAUUAUGAGUAUCAACAACCAUAAUAGGCCAAAUUAUAAGUACACUAUUAGGGCCCAUAGUAGAUGGCAAUAGGAAGAAUGGAGGAGGAUGUAAAUUCAAGAGUUUAAGAUAACAGAUAAAUGAUGGGUCUAGAAAGAAUGGCGUAAGGGAUGGGAUCAAAUGAUCAAGAUAAAGAGAAAGAUAUUUUUUCUAUUCCUUCGAAAUAGAGAAAUUCGAUCCAAUAAUAAUAGAAGGCUGUAUUGGGUAGUCAAAUACUAAUAAGUGAUGUAUGUAAAAAAUGCAAGAAGCACAUUCGUGAAGGAUAAAAAGUGACAAUUAAACCUUGUAAACACCUUUAUGAUAUUAACUGUUUUACAGAUCAUUUCAAAGAACAUAAAACAUGCUGUACUAAAGAUAAAAUAAUAAUAAAUUAAGCAAAAUACCCAAAAGUCUAAGUUAAUGAAAUAAUGAAGUAUAAAUUGAAACAAUUAAUCGCAAAUAUCAAAACUUUUAUUGUUGUGCAAUGUCCAACAUAAUUUUGUUCAUUUUUAUUUAUAUACCAAAAAGAAUGUAACAAAAAUUAAAAGAAAAAAUUCUAUUGCCCAAGAUGUUAAUAAGAAAUGGUAUAUGAUGGAAAAAUGUGUAAAUUUAUCGAUUAAUAAACUGUAUAAAACGAUAAUAAUGUAAGUGAUACCUAAAUAUUUUUGAAAUUAAAAACCGUAGAUAUAGGAUGCUCAGUAUAAGAACAUUGGAGGAUAACAGAUGUUUUAGUUAUGCUGUCUUGUAAUCACUAAUGGUGCAAGAAAUGCUUGUUUGUAUAUUACAAAGAUUGCCUGGCAGCUGUGUGUCAUUGUGGUAAUCGUUACUCUAAAAAGAUAUUUGAUUAAAUAAAUUAUGAUGAAGAAUGGAAUGAUAUCUAUGAUAGAUAGUUAUAAAUUAUAAUGUAGGAGUCAAAAUUAAGUUGGUAAUUUUGUAAAAACAAUUGCGGUUUCUUUUUUGAAUGCAAGAAUAUGCAUGAGGAUUCUUAUUGUAUUAAAUGCGAUCAAAUUAAAACUUGUAACAAAUGCAAAAAAGAGGUUCAAUCCUAGCAUAUCUAAGUGAAUUAAUGCAACCAUUAUUACCAUUUGUUAUGUUCAUAUGAUUUAGUGGAAUAAAAUAAUCUUAAGAAUCUAAGUUGUUUGUGCGGUUAAAAAUUAGACAGUGAUGUAAAGAUUGAAAUGAAUAUCACCUGCAUCAUAUGCUAGAGAUACGACGAUAAUUUGAUCAUGUUUUAAUGUUCCCAUUUUAUUCACUAGGAGUGUUUGCAGAACAACUUAUAGGCGUUUUCAUCAUUUAAAUGCAUUGUUUGUCUAAUUCCAAUUGACAAUAUGAUUUAUGAACCAAAAUUAUUGUCUAUUAGAGAUACAUUAAUAUAAAUGAAACAAUAUUCUAAUUAGAAUUAUGUAGUUAAAUCUAAUAUUGUUUAGUAGAAUAAAGAAUAAGUAAAUUUAGUUGGCAAUUAACAAAUACAAACAUAUCAGGUUAUAAUAAGCAAAAACAAUGGUUAAAAAUGAUUUAGUAGUCUCAAUUUGCGUCUGG